AUGGACUCAGCCAGCAUUAUACAGGCUUCAGUAGAUUUACAACAAGAGAGGCUGAACCAGUAUCUGCAGGAAGAACUGGACAAACUCAAAGCUGCUCACCAUGAUCUGGAAAUCAGGUAUCAGGCUGAUGUAGUUAGUGUCAAGCAGCAAAUAGACAGCCUUCAGCAGGAGCUGCAGAAGCAAGUAGACAGCCUUCAGCAGGAGCUGCAGAAGCAAAUGAAGACUCACGGUGACAGAGUGUCACAGGACCAGGCUGUAAAAAGAUCCUCAGUAGCAGUAGUAGUAAAAAACAACAGUUUCCUCAAGAGCAUGGCAGAGGAAAUUGACAAACACCAGCAAAAUGUGACCCAAGCUGGACAGAUUGUGGAGAGCCUUCAACAGUAG